UAACUAAGAAACAAAAAGAUGCACAGACCUCCUCUGUCGUUUGCUUUGCUCACUUACUGCGGCUACUGGAGACCAACUAAAUGGCCACACACUUCGUUCAAGUAUCAUCUGUACAACGUUUACUCGGUGUUCAUGAUUUUUUUACUAUACUUCUUCACGUUCUGCUCUUGCGUGGAUUCGUUUACUAGCAAAAAUCUGAAGACUAUGACCGACAAAUUUUCUCUCUGCGUCUCUGUGGUAGGAGUCUGCCUUAAAGUAGCCAAUCUCUUUGUCCGGCGAGGAAAAAUUAUAAAUGUGAUGAACAUGUUGUUGAACGAGAAUUGUAUUGCGAGAGACGAUCAGGAAGAACGCAUCCAACGGAAGAACGAUGAUUAUGCCAGAAAACUGACGAUAUACUGCGAGAUCCUGAACGAAUCGGCAGUGUUCUUUGCGACCGUGGGUCAAUAUAAAAAACUCAUAAGUAUGAGAGAGUUACCAGUGUCCGACUGGAUGCCGUAUGAUUUAUCCUCGCAAAAACUGUACAUGAUAUCCCUAGUGUAUCAAACAGUUGGUUUGUUGAUCUGUGCAAAUACCAGCGUGGCCAACGAAACACUGAUCGCAGGAUUGAUGAUACAAGUCGGCACGCAAUUUGAGAUAUUUUGUCAUCGAGCUAGAAAUCUAUCAUUCUCAUUGUCGGCAGCGAGCGUUAUGUCUAACGAGGAAUUCAAGAUAAGAUGCAAUAAAAUUAUUGCGAACUUAAUUAGACAUCACCACGAAAUUUACGAAUUUGCCGAAACAGUGAACAGUGUGUUUCAGUACAUGAUUUUCUUACAAUUUUGCAUAAGUUCGAUAGUACUAUGUCUGAGUGUCUAUCAGUUUUCCACGGUAGAUCCGUUCAGUAUGAACUUCGUCUGGAGCGGCUUCUAUUUGUGCUGUAUGCUUAUGCAGGUGUAUUUAUACUGUUGGUUCGGGAACGAAGUGACGUUGAAGAGCAAUAAAGUUCGCGAUGCUAUUUAUGAUAUGGAUUGGACCAUACUACCUACUGACGUAAUGAAGAAUUUAUUGUUGAUCAUAAUUAGAACUGAUAGACCUGUUAAAAUGACAAGUGGUCACGUUGUUGUUUUAUCUUCGCAAUCUUUCGUGUCAAUCAUGAAGAUGACUUACUCUUCGUACAAUCUUCUGUCGAAUUCUACGAGUAAAUAAGAAUUUUCGUUGUUACUGUGAUUCAAUUUUUAUUGACUGUUUAAUCAUCGUAAAUUGUCUACAAUUAUUGUAAAAGUGUGUGUCCUUUUUACCGUUGUGCAUGGUCAUACAACACUCUCACUAAUGUACUCCUGACGAUCAUGACUGAGAAAUAAAAAUGCAGAAUUUAAUCAACAAAUUAACGUACCUCUUAUCUUGCGAAUUGUGGAAUAUAAAAAUAAAAUAUUUGAAACUUUAUCUUCAAAGCUUUGUAGAACACAGUAUUUAAAAACGUAUCUGUACACCUGACGGUCCUAUUGCAAUUUUUUGAAAGCUUUUUGCUACUCUAGCGAUGCCUGGUUCCCUUAUUCGAGGUAGACAUUAUAAAUACCGAAUUCACGUUGCAACAAACUAAAUGAUGGCAUGAAAUAAAAGUGCAGUGGAUCUUGAGAUUAUUUCUUUCGAUGCUUCCGGUGGACAACUUUCUGCAAAUGUACCGAUGCAUAUAGAGAACGUAACAAUAAACUUUGCACCAUGAAAUGCCAACUCAUAAAUACUUGCCUGAUCGUAGAAGGAAAUAUGUUGGACGUUUAUACUUUGUGAUAUGUCGAAGAAGCACACGCGCACGA